UUAGGCUACAGGUGUUAAAAAAAGAGUGUUAAGAUGGUAUAAUUGGCACUGUAUUUUUCUUUAAUGUCAUUUCCACUUUUGAAGGAGUGGCUAGAGAGGGGAGGGUCGAAUCGGUGGAAGAAUGUGCAGGGCGUAUAAGGAAGUUAAAGUAGAGAAGGAAUAAAAGAACGGUAGUGUCUUCACCUGAGACCAACAGUAGGAUUUACCACUUUUCAAAAUGCCAGCAAAGAAAGUCUGCAUCGUGGGAUCUGGAAACUGGGGCUCUUCGAUUGCCAAAAUAAUCGGGCACAAUGUCAAAGCAUCCAACCGGUUCGACCCAAUGGUGAACAUGUGGGUUUAUGAAGAAAUGAUUGAUGGGAAGAAGCUCACAGAGAUUAUUAAUACAGAGCACCAAAAUGUCAAAUAUCUACCAGGUCACAAGCUGCCCAGGAAUGUGGUCGCUGUUCCGGACAUCACAGAAGCUGUCAAAGGAGCAACGAUCCUCAUCUUCGUUAUCCCACACCAGUUCAUCAGCAAACUGUGUGAUCAGAUAAAACCUCACAUCAUGGAGGGAACCAUCGGGAUAUCGCUCAUCAAAGGUAUCGACGAGGGACCAGAUGGACUAAAGCUUAUCUCGGACAUCAUCCGUGAGAAGCUCGAGAUUGAGGUCAGCGUCCUAAUGGGGGCCAACAUCGCCAGCGAGGUGGCAGAUGAGAAGUUCUGUGAAACCACCAUCGGGGCAAAAAAUGAAGCAAAUGGCCUCAUCUUCAAAGAGCUGCUUCAGACUCCCAACUUUCGCAUCACUGUCAUGCGGGAGUGUGACACAGUGGAGCUGUGUGGAGCUCUAAAGAAUAUCGUGGCUGUAGGUGCUGGAUUCUGCGACGGCCUCGGUUUCGGCGACAACACCAAGGCAGCCGUGAUCAGGCUGGGUCUGAUGGAAAUGAUCGCCUUCGCCAAGUUGUUCUGCAAAGGCCAGGUCAGCUCCUCCACUUUCCUGGAAAGCUGCGGCGUGGCCGACCUCAUCACCACCUGCUACGGCGGACGAAACCGCAAAGUUGCCGAGGCCUUUGUCAAAACCUCCAAGUCUAUUGUUGAGUUGGAAGCAGAAAUGCUCAACGGGCAGAAGCUGCAGGGCCCACAGACCUCCGCCGAGGUCUACAAGCUCCUACAAAAGAAGAACAUGGUCAACAAGUUUCCAUUGUUUUCUGCAGUCUACCUGAUCUGCUUUGAGGGCAAAGAGGUAAAGGAGUUCAUCACCUGUCUGCAGAACCACCCAGAGCAUAUGUGAUGGGCCUGGCAGCAUGUCCACUCCUGCUCCUUCAAUAGCAAUGUACUACCACUAGAGGGUGAAAGAGAUUCAUCAGAUAGACACGCACAAUACAACAAAGGGUUCUUUUACAUGACAUUAUUUUUAUUGGUGACAUUUCAUAAUGGAGCCUGUAUUUUUAUUAGCUCAAAAAGCUAUACUGGUUUAGCUCUUAUUUUGUAUAAUGUUCUUUAGUGUUAAUUUGGCUGGGAGUGGCGGCUGUUUAAAAUAUUUUUUAAGGCACUUUAAAUACCAAAAUAAA